AAGUCAGUUUAACUCAAAAUGAUAUUAACAAUUGUUUUUUCUGUCUCAAAAAGAGGGUCAGAGUCAAAAUUCGUGUCGAAGACUUUCACCAUCUUCGUUACAAAUUACAACCAUGAGAAACGUGCCACGUAGUUGAGAAAUAAUUGAGUUGUCUUUCUCUUCUUUUAUAUAUAUAAGUGCAUCGAUCGUUCUUUAAUUGGCAUAUAAGGCAAAGAAGUUAAAUACUAUUCAUAAUUUCAAUGGCGAUUUCGACGUCUUCUUCAAUUGUUUUUCCAUUUUCAACUAAACAACAACUUCCUCUUAACCAGACCCUUUUCUCCAUUAGUCCUUCUUCUUCAGAUUCUCAUUGUUCUUGGAAAUGGAGAACUCAACUUCUUCUUCAUCAACCAUCUUUGCCGAUGUCUAAAAGAACUAGAAAAACUGUAUUGUCUGCUAUAUCCACUGACUCGGGAGUAUGGACUGGGUCCGGUGAGAGGGAGAAUGAGACUGAGUUGGCGAGGAAGUGGAGAGAGAUUCAUGGAAGUGGUGAUUGGGCCAACUUGCUUGACCCGAUGAACCCCAUUCUCCGAUCUGAGUUAAUUAGGUUUGGGGAAAUGACUCAAGCAUGCUAUGAUGCAUUUGUAUAUGAUCCAUACUCCAAGUAUUGUGGUACCUCAAGAUACCCAUCGGAAAGCUUCUUCCAAAGCCUAGGGCUGGAAAAUGAAGGCUACCAAGUCACUCGCUUCCUCUAUGCCACCGGCAAUAACCAAAUGCCAAAUUUAUUCAUCAAACCUCGUUUCCCCAAGCUUUGGAGCAAGCGUGCCAAUUGGAUAGGGUAUGUGGCAGUUUCUGGUGAUGAGACCUCGAAGCGUUUGGGAAGACGUGACAUUCUUAUUGCGUGGAGAGGGACGGUGACAAGGCUGGAGUGGGUGGCAGAUAUGACAAAUUUUCUGAAUCCAAUUUCUUCAAGAAAAAUUCAAUGUCCCGAUCCGUCUGUGAAGGUGGAAUUUGGGUUUCUGGAUUUGUAUACUGACAAGGACGAAGAGUGUGAUUUUUGUAAGUACUCUGCUAGAGAACAAAUAUUGGCAGAGAUGAAACGGUUAUUGGAGAAGUAUAAGGAGGAGGAAGUGAGCAUCACAAUCACUGGUCACAGCUUGGGUAGUGCUUUGGCUAUAAUAAGUGCUUAUGAUAUUGCUGCAACGGGGUUGAACAAGACAUCAGAUGGUCACAAUGUGCAUAUUUCCGUUUUCUCCUUUGCAGGUCCUCGAGUGGGAAACAUGCGGUUUGGUGAACGAUUGAAUGAGCUCGGCGUAAAGGUUUUGAGAAUAGUGAAUGUUCAUGAUAUAGUACCAAAAUCUCCCGGAAUUUUCUUCAAUGAGAACCUACCGCCAUGGCUAUUGAAGAUAACAGAAUGGCUUCCAUGGAGUUACAUACAUGUUGGUGUUGAGCUAGAAUUAGAUCACUUGGAAUCACCAUAUCUAAGACGUUCCACUGAUGCCGGUUGUUCACAUAAUUUGGAGGCACAUUUACAUCUCCUCGACGGAUAUCAAGGAAAGGGUAUGAAAUUUGAGCUUGCAAUUGGGAGAGAUCCAGCGUUGGUGAACAAAUCAUGUGAUUUCUUAGAAGAUAAGUAUAUGGUUCCACCAAUGUGGAGACAAGAUGAGAAUAAAGGCAUGAUUUAUGUUGAUGGUCGUUGGGUGUUUGCUGAUAGAUCAGAUAUUGAUGGCCACCCUGAAGAUACACACUAUCAUCUCAAGGAAAUAGGAUUGUUCUCCGAUAAUGAUUGAAAUAUAUAUAUAUUUAUAUAUCGAUAAAAUACUCGUAUAGAUGGGGUUUUUUUCAAAUGUUUAAGUGUAUUUCAAAAGGUUCAAUUUAGUCGCUUUACAUUACUACAUUUUUGCAGUGGUACCAUUUUGUGACAAGUGGAUAUUAUAUUUGGUGAUCAUAAAAGCUUGUGUGUGAGAAAAGAUUAGGUAUGAGAAAAUUAAAAAGUGGAAAGUUAUUAACAUUUUUUU